UUCUCAUCGCACUCCCCCCACUCUUGCUUUUGUUCAUAUUUCAUCUAUUUUUUUUGUCUUUGUUCUUUGUCCUUGUACAAAACACCUUUCCAUUCCUGUACCUUUGUACACAAUCUCCACCUACAUAUCCCAUUUCGAAAUCCUAAAGAGACUGCUCACCUCUUUUUGCAUAUUCAAUUCGGAUCUUAAUCAUUUUUAUUUUCUCUUUGUCGUUUUCUAUCCAUACCUUGUAAUUCCUACCUUUGUAUAACUUUUCAACCACUUCCUGUAACAUUGCUGUAUCGCUUUUCAUUUUUUCUUGCUUGCCUAUAAUCCUUCGUCACUACAAACUUUUAUUUUAGUAUCUUUUACAGAUCACUUCUCGUAUUGAAAUGGAGGCUUUCAUGAACAAAAACAACGUCGAGAGCAACAACUCGUGGGCCGGUGCUCUCCCUAUCGCUCAGGGUCUUUACAACCCCGAGAAUGAGAAGGAUUCUUGUGGUGUUGGUUUCAUUGCCAACAUUAAGGGAGAGCUUUCUCACCGCAUCCUCAAAGAUGCUUCUUCCAUUCUUUGCAACAUGACUCAUCGUGGUGCCACCAGCGCUGAUCCUCGCGAUGGUGAUGGUGCCGGAGUCAUGACAGGUAUGCCCCAUACCUUUAUGGUCGAGGAAGCCACUCGUCUCAAUAUCACUCUUCCUGCUCAGGGUGAAUACGCAGUCGGAAACGUAUUCCUUCGUCCAGAUGAACCCCAUGUCCAUGAACAAAAAUCGACCUUCGAGUCGAUUGCUCAACAAAAUGGACUCAAGGUUUUGGGAUGGCGUCUUGUUCCCGUUGACAACUCGAUCUUGGGACCUGCUGCCAAGUCCAGGGAACCCUCGAUCCAGCAGCCUUUCGUGAUCUUAGAUCCUGCUGUCUAUAACAAGUUCGACAACAAGCGCUUCCAGCGUCAACUAUAUCUCUUGCGAAAGCAGGCCACUCAUGCGAUCACACUCAAGAACUGGUUUUACAUUUGCUCGCUCUCAAACCAAAACAUCGUCUAUAAAGGCCAACUCUCGCCCGUCCAGGUGUACGACUUUUUCUAUGAUCUCCAGAACCACAAGUUCCUUACUCAUUUCGCUCUCGUUCACUCUCGUUUCUCGACCAAUACCUUCCCUUCUUGGGAUCGUGCCCAGCCCAUGAGAUGGGCUGCUCACAAUGGUGAGAUCAACACUUUACGUGGUAACAAGAAUUGGAUGCGUGCCCGUGAAGGUGUUAUGCACUCUGAUUACUUUGGCUCUGAUUUGCAGAAGCUCUUCCCUAUUAUUGAGGAGGGCGGUUCAGAUUCCUCGGCCUUCGAUAACGUCCUUGAGUUGCUCGUUGUCAAUGGUGUGCUCUCCUUACCCGAAGCUAUCAUGAUGAUGCUUCCCGAGGCUUGGCAAUCUAACACCAACAUGGAGCCUGAGAAGAAGGCCUGGUAUGAGUGGGCUGCCUGUCUCAUGGAGGCGUAUGACGGCCCUGCUUUGAUGACCUUCUCUGAUGGACGCUACUGUGGUGCUUCUCUUGACAGAAAUGGUCUCCGUCCUUGCCGCUUCUACAAGACCACUGAUGGCUUGAUGAUUUGUGCGUCUGAGGUUGGAACUCUGAACAUUGCUCCAGAGCGCAUUCUCGAGAAGGGUCGUCUCCAGCCUGGAAAGAUGCUGUUGGUCGAUACACUUGAGGGACGUGUUGUCGAUGAUCGUGAGCUUAAGUUAUCGAUUGCUGCUCGACAAAACUUCCGCCAAUGGGUUGAUGAGCAGAUGUUGUCGAUGACAGACGCUGUUGCCAACGCCCCUAAGUUCGACCUUAUGUCCUCGAUCGAUGAUGUCCCUCUUACUCAGGAUCCUCGUCUUCCUGCUUUUAAGCUUACUAUUGAGCAGCUCAACCUCUUACUUAUGCCUAUGACUACCGAUGGAAAGGAGGCUUUGGGAUCCAUGGGUAACGAUGCUCCCUUAGCUUGUCUUGCAACCGAGCCUCAAAUUAUUUUUGAUUAUUUCCGCCAACUUUUCGCUCAGGUUACCAAUCCUCCCAUUGAUCCCAUCCGUGAGGAAAUUGUCAUGUCUCUUGAGUGCUAUGUUGGCCCCGAAGGUAACAUCUUGGAAAUGGAUCAGAGCCAAUGCCACAAAUUGAAAUUGCCCACUCCCAUCCUCUCACUCAAUGAGAUGGAGGCUAUUAAGAACUUUGACAUCACUCGUGCGGACUGGAAGACUCGUGUAAUCGAUAUCACAUUCCCCAAGUCUGACGGCCCAGCCGGAUAUGUCCCUUGCUUGGAGCGUAUCUGUGAACAAGUCUCUGCUGCCAUUGAGGAUGGUGUCAAGAUCGUGGUUCUCUCUGAUCGUGGUGUCUCCGCUGAGCGUGUUGCUUUGUCUUCGCUGAUCGCUACCGGUGGUGUCCAUCACUACCUCGUCCGUGAAAAGAAACGCUCCCGUGUUGCCAUUGGUGUCGAGACUGCUGAAGCUCGUGAAGUCCAUCAUGCCUGCGUUCUCCUUGGUUAUGGUGCCGAUAUGAUCUGCCCUUACCUUGCUCAGGAAGCUAUUCUCAAACUUUAUCGCGAGAACUCAUUGCGCUCGGAUGCAGGUCCAGAGAAGUUGCUCAAGAACUAUAUCAAGGCCACUAGCAACGGUAUUCUAAAGGUCAUGUCCAAGAUGGGCAUCUCUACCCUGCAGUCUUACAAGGGCGCUCAGAUUUUUGAGGCUCUUGGAUUGGAUGAGCCUGUCAUUGCCCGUUCUUUCGCUGGUACUGCUUCCAGAAUCAAGGGUGUUGGUUUCGACUUGCUCGCUUUGGAUGCUUUUGCACUUCAUGAACGUGCCUGGCCUUCUCGUGAUACAAUCACUGUCGAGGGCAUUCCCGAAUCUGGUGAAUACCACUGGCGUAACGGCGCUAUUCCUCACAUCAACGAUCCUCAUGGAAUUGCCAAUCUUCAGGAUGCUGUCCGUCGCAAGAAUGACUCUGCCUAUGAGGCCUACUCUCAGAACGCAUUUGAGCAGAUCAAGAACUGUACCCUUCGUGGUAUGCUCGAGUUCGACUUUAACAAGCGCAAACCCAUCCCUAUUGAUGAGGUCGAGCCUUGGACCGAGAUUUGCAAGCGUUUCUGCACUGGUGCAAUGAGUUACGGUUCCAUCUCAAUGGAGGCUCAUUCAACCCUAUCGAUUGCCAUGAAUCGCAUUGGAGGCAAGUCCAACUCUGGAGAGGGAGGAGAGGAUCCUGCUCGUUCCAACCCACGUGAGAAUGGCGACUCGCUUCGUUCCGCUAUCAAGCAGAUUGCCUCUGGUCGCUUCGGUGUGACUUCGUACUACUUGGCCGAUGCUGAUGAAAUUCAGAUCAAAAUGGCUCAAGGAGCUAAGCCUGGAGAGGGUGGUGAAUUGCCGGGCCACAAGGUUUCGGACGAGAUUGGCAAGACACGCCAUUCCACCCCAGGUGUGGGUCUUAUUUCUCCUCCUCCUCAUCACGACAUUUACUCAAUCGAAGAUUUGAAACAACUUAUCUAUGAUGCCAAGGCCGCUAACCCUCGCGCUCGUAUCUCUGUCAAACUCGUCUCCGAGGUCGGCGUCGGUGUCAUUGCUAGCGGUGUCGCCAAGGCCAAGGCUGACCACAUCCUCAUUUCUGGUCAUGAUGGUGGCACGGGUGCCUCUCGAUGGACUGGUAUCAAGUAUGCCGGUCUUCCAUGGGAGCUCGGUUUGGCUGAAAGUCACCAGACCUUGGUCCUUAAUGACCUUCGUGGACGCGUUGUUGUCCAGACAGAUGGUCAGAUCCGCACUGGUCGUGAUGUUGCCAUUGCCUGCUUGCUCGGCGCUGAGGAGUGGGGUUUCGCCACUACACCCUUGAUUGCUCUCGGAUGCACCAUGAUGCGCAAAUGUCACUUGAAUACCUGCCCUGUUGGCGUUGCCACUCAAGAUCCUUACCUUCGUGAGAAGUUUGCUGGCUCGCCUGAGCAUGUGAUCAAUUUCUUCUACUACGUUGCAGAGGAGUUGCGUACUAUCAUGGCCAAGCUCGGUUUCCGCACCAUCAACGAGAUGGUUGGUCGUACUGAUGUUCUCUGUGUAGAUGAGAGUCGUCGCAAUGCCAAGAAUGCCAACAUUGAUUUGACUCCCAUUUUGACCCCUGCAUUCACCCUUCGCCCUGGUGCCGCCACUUAUAAGGUUCGCAAGCAAGAGCAUAUGCAUCAUACUCGCCUUGACAACAAAUUCAUCAGUGAGGCCCAAGAUGCUUUGAACACUGGCAAGCGUGUGGAGUUGGAUGGCAAGGUUGUGAACACAGAUCGUGCCUUGGGAACCACCAUUUCGUACCAUGUCAGCAACAAAUAUGGCGAGAGUGGCCUUCCUGACGACACUAUUCACAUCAGCUUGAAGGGCUCUGCUGGUCAGUCACUUGGUGCUUGGUUGGCUCCUGGUGUUACUAUUGAAUUGGAAGGUGAUUCAAACGAUUACGUCGGUAAGGGUCUCUCUGGUGGUCGCCUUAUCAUUUACCCUCCAAAGAACUCGAGCUUCAAGAGCGAGGACAACGUCAUUAUUGGUAACACUUGCUUGUAUGGUGCUACUAGCGGAAAAGCCUUCUUCAGCGGUAUUGCUGCAGAGCGUUUUGCCGUCCGUAACUCGGGUGCCACUGCCGUUGUCGAAGGAACUGGUGACCAUGGAUGUGAGUACAUGACAGGAGGCCGUGUUAUUGUUCUUGGUUCCACUGGACGCAACUUUGCCGCCGGUAUGUCUGGUGGUAUCGCCUACGUUCUUGAUCUGAAGGGUGACUUCAAGUCCAAGGUCAAUAUGGAGAUGGUUGCAUUCGAGACUGUGAAUGACACUGAGGAAAUUGCUUGGUUCAAGGACACACUUGAAGAUCAUCGUCACUACACCGGCUCUGCCAUUGCUGAUCGUAUCCUCAAGAAUUUGGGUGAGUACCUGCCUAAGAUCGUCAAGGUCAUGCCUACGGACUACAAGAAGGUCUUGGAAGCUCAACGUGCUGCCAAAUUGGCUGCAGCUGCUCCUAAACCCGAUAUUAUUACACCCGUCUUGACUGCUUCCCCCCUGGCUGCCAAGCCCAAGCCUAAUGAGCCUGCUCUUGUCGACCUUGAAGAUUCAAUGGUUGAUGCUGAGACCUAUAAGAAGCGUAGUGAGAUGGUGGACAAGGUUCGUGGUUUCAUGAAGUAUAAGAGACGUGGCGAUGCCUACCGUAACCCCAAGAAGCGCACCAAGGACUACAAGGAGAUUUCUGCUCGCUUGUCUGACGGUGAGCUUCAAGUCCAGGCUGCUCGCUGCAUGGAUUGCGGUGUCCCCUUCUGCCAGAGCAAUACCACUGGAUGUCCUAUCGGAAACAUCAUCCCUAAGUGGAAUGACUUGGUCUUCAAGGAUCAGUGGGAGGAAGCCCUCAACCGUUUGUUGAUGACCAACAACUUCCCAGAGUUCACUGGUCGCGUCUGCCCUGCUCCUUGCGAGGGAUCUUGCGUUCUUGGAAUUAAUGAGCUCCCUGUUGCCAUCAAAUCAAUUGAGUGUGCCAUUAUUGAUCGUGGUUUUGAGAUGGGCUGGAUGAAACCUCGUCCUCCUACCCACCGUACGGGCAGGAAGGUCGCUAUUAUUGGUUCUGGCCCUGCUGGUCUUGCUGCUGCUGAUCAAUUGAACAAGGCUGGUCACACGGUCACUGUCUACGACCGCAACGACCGUUUCGGUGGUCUCCUCAUGUAUGGUAUCCCUAACAUGAAGUUGGACAAGGGUAUUGUCCAGCGUCGUAUCGAUCUUAUGGCUGCUGAGGGCAUUAGCUUUGUUCCCAAUGCUCACGUUGGAGUCACCCAUGACGUUAACGAGAUUCGCAAGCAAAGUGAUGCCUUGAUCUUGGCUACUGGCGCUACCUGGCCCCGUGACUUGCCCAUCGCUAACCGCAAUCUGGAUGGUAUCCACUUUGCCAUGGAGUUCUUACAGCUCAAUACUCAGUCACUCUUGGACUCUGAAUUGAAUGAUGGCAAGUAUAUCUCUGCUAAAGGCAAGCAUGUCGUCGUCAUUGGAGGAGGAGAUACUGGAUGCGACUGCAUUGCCACCUCGCUCCGCCAUGGUGCUGCUUCGAUCGUCAACUUUGAGUUGCUGCCUCAGCCCCCAGCUACCCGUGCCAAGGACAACCCAUGGCCUCAAUUCCCUCGUGUCUUCAAGCAAGACUAUGGUCAUUCUGAGGUUCAAUCACACUUUGGAAAGGAUCCCCGUGAAUACUCGAUUGUCACCAAGGAGUUUGUCUCUGAUGGAAAUGGUAAGGUCAAGGGUCUCAACACCAUCCGUGUUGAAUGGACUCAGGAUGCUUCAGGUCGCUGGUCCAUGAAGGAGAUGGCUGGUACUGAGCAGUAUUUCCAAGCCGAUCUUGUCUUGCUCUCCAUGGGCUUCUUGGGACCCGAGGCAGAACUUCUCAAGGCAGUUGGUUGCAAGCUUGAUGGUCGCACAAACAUCGAAACUCCUAAGGACAGCUAUAGAACCAGCGUCAGCAAUGUCUUUGCAGCUGGUGAUGCCCGCCGAGGACAGUCUUUGAUUGUUUGGGGUAUCAACGAGGGUCGUCAGUGCGCUCGUGAGGUGGAUGAAUUCUUGGUUGGCAAUACUCUGUUGCCUGUCACUGGAGGUAUUCAACAGCGCAGUUUGAAGUCUUUGACAAUGGAGGCAUACCAGAAUACUACCACUCCUGUUGCUGCUUCAUAAAGGAUCAUUGCAUCAUCAAACAACACCAACCAGUAAUCAC